GUCGUAAUCACUCGAGAACACACUUUUAUCAGUGCCAUCUUCACUAGUCUACUACCAUCACGGCCAUGCAUUCUUUCAAAGAUGUUCGUUUCAUAGAAAAAGUUGGUAUUGAGUUCGAAGUGGCUUCAGUUUCCUUUUUUUUUUUUUUUUUCCUUUGACAAUAGGCUUCAGUUUUUCUUCCUUUUUCCUUUACAUUCUUCCUCUGCCCUCUCCAUCCCUGCCGUCCAUUCUCCCGGUGUCCCCUUCCCUUUCAAUUGGCUUGCCACUAUAAAAGCGAAAGUUGUUUCUCUCUCCGUCCACGUAAGCCUUUCUCAAAAUCUAGCCUAUCCACGUCAGCCCAAAAAAGGGCUUAUAUUCUCUUUCUGUCUUCACUUUGUUAAAAGACUCUCUUCAUUAGGAGUGGGUAUCCGGUUCGGUAAAAUCAAGCCGAAUCGAGUCGAACCGAAUCGAAAUUGAACCAAAACCGAAUAAAUGUUCUUCGGUUUGGAAUUCAGAAAGGAAAAGUAGCUAUUUCGGAAACCCGGUUCUUUCGACCGAACACCGUCAAACGGAGCUCCACCUGAUUUCUCCGUGGCAUGAAGAAUCGAGUUAAAAUCCCCAGUUACAAGCCAAGAUUCCGUCAUGGCUUCCGCAAUAUCCUUGAGAGAUGCCCAUAGCGACCGACGCUGAAUAAGAGCCGGGGUCCCAUACACAGUAGUGAAGUACCACUUCUUAGAAACAAUAAUCAGAAAUUUUAAUUUGUUUCUGAUCAUUUGAAAAAAACUACCGUGGGGCGAAAGAAGAAGAAUUAGGGGAUUCAUCCAAAAUGAGCAGAUUUUUUAAUGUAAAUAUAUUCCAAAGUAAACGAAAGAGAUAACCGCCGUGCAUAACCCAAAAAAACAAAAAACAAAAAACCCCCGCCGUGCAUUAAGAAAAAAAAAGAUAACCACCACAAUCUGACGUCGAUCAAGCAAAAUGCAGGAGAUCUUACCUUCUUCCUUCAACAUUUCCCCAAAUUCUACUUCAAUUCUGCAAAUCCUUUCUCCAAUCGUUUCAAUGAAUUUUCCAUAAUCCAUAACAGACAAAGCCAAAGCAAAGGGAAAAGUGGCGUUAUCCGCCGGCGAUUACACUACCACCAUCAAUCACUUCUUCGCGCCAUCGCCCUCACUCCCACCAACCACGCCCUUCAAUCACUCCAGCCGAUCGGCACCUCUCAUCUCGUCUUGACCCAGACGUUAUUGUCGCGUACAAGAAAGGCUCGACUUCGACCCCAACAACGAAGCCCUGAAGUCCAGAUUGGCCGUCGCACCGCCGCUUCGUCUUCUAGAUCUAGUUAGGGUAUUUGAAGAAAUCAAAUCAAAGCGGGUUUGCAUGGAACCAUAAUGAAUGAAUGAAUGAAUGAAUCAGUGAUGGACUCGGAAAUGGUGGUUUAGGGAGACAAGAAAAGUUGGUUGGCUGGGAUAGCAAAUGGGAGCAGGUUUGAGUCACGCAGCAAGCGGAGUUGGAGCUUUUCUUGGCAAUCUUGUUACAGCUCCUCUCAAAUCUCUUUUUGGUGGAUCCUGCGAUGACAUCUGUGCAGGGCCGUGGGACGUGGGAUGUUUCAUCGACCACUUAUGCAUCUCCAACUUGCUCAAAUUCGUGCUCAUCUUAGCCCUCUGCUACAUAAUCCUGGUGUUCCUCUACUUGCUGUUCAAGAUCGGAAUCUGCCAGUGCGUGAUCAAGAGCCUCUGCAAGAUGUGCUGGGCCGGGUUCGCCACUUACUGCUACGCCCUCCACGACUGCACCUGCUGCCUAUGGCACAAGCUGAUGCGCGUCCGACACACGAACCGGAGGCGGAGGAAGAUGAGGAGACGGUUUCAGGACAUUGAGAGAGGUGGUGGUGGUGGUGGUGGAUAUGAUGUUGACAGUACCUCCACGACUUCGUCGUGGUCAUUGUCAAGCUCUGCUGGCCGUGGCGGCCAUUUGGGCGGUGGUAGAAAGCGGAAGUCGGUAAGGACGAGGGAAGAUGAGUGGAGGAGGAGUGGUGUUGCUGCUUCCAGGAGGAGGAAGAGCUUGUCUCACAGGAAUGGUCGUGGCAUUGGAGUGAGGACUGGUGCUGCUGCUAAGGAUGUAUCUGCUGCUGCAUCUGCAUCAUUGUCGUCGAGGAGAAGGUUGAGGGGUUCCAGGCGGCGGGUUCAAUUGAUCAAAGGGAAGAAGAUGAAGAAACCAGCUGGGAAGAAGGGUGUUGGGAGUUUCAAGAGGCGGCGGCUCAAGUAGUGACGACUGACAUCGAUAUAGGUAAUAGGUAUAUCUGUAGUCUUCAUGGUUGGAAAUGGGAAGUUAGAAACAGAACCUCAUGGUUGUUGUACAAAACAGGGGCAUUAGAAUGAUAACCAGUUGCUUGAUCAGUCUUUAAUUGCUUGGUCGAUUUGAUUAUUAUUUCUAUGGUCUCAUUAUUGUCCACAUUUGAACUUAAUCCCGGUUUGUUUUUUAGUUAGUGCUCUAGUUUAUAUUCAUAUUCAAUCAGUCUGUGCAACCUAGAUUGCUCUGUGUGUUUGGAUUAUAUCGGGUUGGCCAUGUUUUCAGUGGAUUCGAGAAAUGCAUAUUGUGGCUACCAAAUAAACAACUGGUUGUGGC